CGUGCCAUGCGGCGACUAAAUGUCAAGUAGCAAGUUUAGUUUAUUUCCGAUGCUUUCUUCCCGCUGGCAAUCUUAUCAAGAUGGGUGCUUACCAAUCCAGAUCAGUAAACUUGUGGAGGAAUGCUCAACAUGCCGACCAGGUGGUGUGACCUAACGAAAGAGUCCCUAUAUGCUUAAAAAAUACCUUAUAAGUCUAUUUUCAUGGAGCCUAGUCAGCCAUGAUAUUCGGUUAGAAAUUCUCGCCGCUAUUUUAAAAAGUCUAGUGCCUCUUCGGGUUCUAUCUAUUCAUGCAUCCGCUCACUCAUUAGACGCUUCAUGCGAAUUUUCAUCCAUAGUGAGCCAUGUAAGGCUCUCGAUACUCAUACUCCAUUUCCUGCUAUUUGUUCUCCACGGAUUCAUCCCCGGAACUGUCAGGAUCCCGGCCCUCUGUUCCCGGGAGGCGUCCGUGUUUCGCAGACUGAAAACAACCCGUGGAAGCCUUUCGCUCCAGCUAUGCGUUUUACUAUCCACUUGGCUAUCUGAUACAGAGUUUACGUGUCGCGAAAUCACAUUGAGCAAGAUAUCCUCCGAAAUGUGUAUAUCAUUCAACCCGGAUUGCAAGUUGGACAAAACACGGUAUGGCGACGGCAUACAGGAGGUAAUGAUGCCUCGUGUACAUGGAGAUCCUAUGUCGAAGUCAUUUAACGUUGUGAUCCUCAAUAUUGUGGAUAAAACUCUCUUACUCGCUGCAGAUCUCGACAUUGAGCGCUGUCCCUAUGAUAAUUCCGUCAAUCUAACAUCUCGCAUUUCUUUCUCCUGUUAACCUGCAUUGGCAACCGAAAGAUAACGUAGGAUAACACACAAGUUGGAUCAAAAGACUGCAGGUAUGUCGGUAAAUAGGUGAGC